AUGGAUUCCACUCGACCGGAAGAGGUUGAUGUGCUUCUCGUGGGAGCUGGGUUUGCUUCUUUUACCCUGUUGAAUAGACUGCGGAAACUAGGUUAUAACGUUCGUAUUCUAGAAAAGGGAGGAGCCUCGGGAGGAAUUUGGUACUGGAACUGCUAUCCCGGUGCUCGAGUUGAUACCGAUUCCCCCAUCUAUCAACUCUUUGACAAAGAGCUCUGGGAAGAUUUUACAUUCAAAGAGCGCUAUCCUGGAUGGCAAGAGCUACGCCGAUACUUCGAAUACGUCGAGAAGAAGUGGAACAUUAAGGGUUAUACCUCUUUCAACAAACAUGUCGACGGCGCUUCUUUCGAUGAAAAGCGUCAGCAAUGGUUUGUAGAGUGUGCUGAUGGAUCGGAAUAUUAUGCUCGGUGGUUCCUCCCCUGCAUCGGGUUUGCCAGCAAGAGAUAUACUCCUCCAUUUGCUGGACUGGGAAAUUUCAAAGGUGAUAUCUAUCACACCGCUGUCUGGCCGCAACAUGGCGUCAAUUUGAAGGGUAAGCGAAUAGCAGAAGUUGGAACUGGUGCAUCAGGUAUUCAGGUCAUACAAGAACUUGGUGAUCAGGCAAAAGAAUUAACUAUUUUUCUUCGAACACCAAACAUGUGUCUCCCAAUGAACCAGAGACCUCUUGAUCCAAAGGAGGAGGAGCGAAAGAAGAAAGACGGCACAUAUGAAAAGCAGAUUGAGGCUACACGCCACACCUUUGCUGGAUUCACAUAUGAUUUCGUUCAACGGAAUACCUUUGACGACACCCCCGAGGAGCGAGAGAAGCUCUAUCAUCAAUUGAUGGUCGAAGAUGGCGGUUUCAAAUUUUGGCUUGCCACGUAUAAGGACAUGCUGUGCGACCUCAAAGCCAACGAACAGGCAUACAACUUUUGGCGCAAGCAGGUACUCAAGCGUCUCAAGGACCCAAAGAAGCAGACUCUUCUAGCACCCGAGGUUCCACCUCAUCCCUGGGGAACGAAACGCCCAUCAUUGGAGCAAAGGUUUUACGAAGUCGUUGAUCAGCCCCAUGUCAAGAUCAUUGACGUCAAUGAGUCUCCUAUCGAAGAAGUAACUGCCACUGGGAUAAGGACAAAGGAAGGCUUGACCGAAGUGGACGUCAUAAUUCUCGCAACUGGCUUUGACAGUGUGACAGGCUCGCUUGCUCAGCUCAACAUUGUAGGUACUGAUGGCGGAACAAUCGCGGAUCACUGGAAAGAUGGCACAAGAACAGCCAUGGGUAUUGCUAUGCCCAAGUUUCCCAACAUGUUCUUCCUCUACGGACCGCAAGCUCCCACGGCUUUUAGCUCAGGACCUAGCUGCACUCAAUUCCAAGCCGAAUGGGUUGAGGAGACAUUCAAGAUUAUCAAGGAGAGAGGUAUCACGCGACUCGAAGCCACCCAAGACAGCGAAGAUGAUUGGUGCAAGCGCAUGAAUGAGGAAUGGGAUGCGACUCUCUUCCCAAUGGCCAAGAGCUGGUAUCAAGGGGCAAAUAUUCCUGGGAGAAAGGUUGAACCGUUGAACUGGUAA